AAUUUGAAAUAAAACUAUUUAAUGGAGAUAGAGAGUUACAGAGGUACGACAAGUUCAGUUCAUAGCAUCGAGAGAAGAAGGCAAAGGAAGUGUAAAAUUCAAGUCUUUAAGAAAAAAUGGUGGAGGUGUGGUGGUCACUGAUAGGAGCAGCAGUGCCUGCACUGAUUGCAGGUCAAGCUUGGAGGAUAAAGAAGAGACAUGGCGAAGAAGAGAGGAUCAAGAGUGCUCGAGGUAGAGAGAAGAGCUCUGAUGAAAUCUUUGUCUGUGAAAGAGUUUGCACUUCUAAAAGAAUGCUGAAAAAGGUUGGAGCUUUCUCUAAAGAUCCCAUCCCCGACACUUGUGUUACUGUCUGCGGUGUAUCUGAGCUCGACGCUUGCUCUGAUGCUUGUGCUCGAACUGUUUGCGUUAACCAGCAUCAAGUUGCUAAUUGGAAUGACAUUUGUCUCAGAAGAUGUCAAAGUGAAUGUCUUAAGCUCUCUUCUUCUUCUUCUCGCUCUUCUUGAAUUUGAAAGACUAUGGUUUGUUGUUGUUAUCUUUUGAAAUGGAGAUGGUAUUUGAA